AAUGAAGAGAAGAGGAACCUUUCCCUGGGGGGCCAUGUCGGCUUUGACAGUCUCCCGGAUCAGCUGGUCAGCAAGUCCGUCACGCAGGGCUUCAGCUUCAACAUCCUCUGUGUGGGUGAGACGGGCAUUGGGAAGUCCACGCUGAUGAAUACUCUCUUCAACACCACGUUCGAGACGGAGGAAGCCAGCCACUACGAGAGCGCCGUUCGCUUGUGGCCGCGGACCUACGACCUGCAGGAGAGCAAUGUCCACCUGAAACUAACCAUUGUGGAUGCGGUUGGAUUCGGGGACCAGAUAAAUAAAGACGAAAGUUACAGGCCGAUCGUUGAGUACAUUGAUACGCAGUUUGAAAACUAUUUGCAAGAAGAGCUGAAAAUCCGCCGUUCCCUCUUCAACUACCACGACACGAGGAUUCACGUCUGCCUGUACUUCAUCACUCCCACCGGGCACUCGCUCAAGUCCUUGGACCUGGUGACGAUGAAGAAGCUGGAUAGCAAGGUGAACAUCAUCCCGAUCAUCGCCAAAGCAGACACCAUUUCCAAGAGCGAGUUGCACAAAUUUAAGAUAAAGAUCAUGAGCGAGCUGGUCAGCAACGGCGUGCAGAUCUACCAGUUCCCCACGGAUGACGAAGCAGUCGCCGAGAUCAACUCGGUGAUGAAUGCUCAUCUGCCCUUUGCUGUGGUCGGCAGCACGGAGGAGGUGAAGGUUGGGAACAAGCUGGUGAGAGCUCGGCAGUACCCAUGGGGAGUGGUGCAAGUUGAGAAUGAAAGCCACUGCGACUUCGUGAAGCUGCGAGAAAUGCUGAUUCGAGUCAACAUGGAGGAUCUCCGGGAGCAGACUCACACCCGCCACUACGAGCUGUACAGGAGGUGCAAACUGGAGGAGAUGGGCUUCAAGGACACGGAUCCGGACAGCCAGCCCUUCAGCCUACAAGAAACAUAUGAGACCAAAAGAAAAGAAUUCUUGGGUGAGCUCCAGAAGAAAGAGGAAGAAAUGAGACAAAUGUUUGUUAACAAAGUCAAGGAGACGGAGGCAGAGCUGAAGGAGAAGGAGAGAGAGCUGCACGAGAAGUUUGAGCACUUGAAAAGGAUACACCAGGAGGAGAAAAGGAAGGUGGAGGAGAAGAGGAGGGAGCUGGAAGAGGAGAUGAAUGCCUUCAACAGGCGGAAAGUAGCGGUGGAAACCUUGCAGUCCCAGUCCUUGCAGGCCACCUCGCAGCAGCCACUGAGGAAGGACAAAGACAAGAAAAAUUAAUCACACACAGACUUGCAGGCCAAGAGCGGACUUGGUGCUUUCAUGUGUUAAGUUGCUUGAGUUCCCCACCCUGUGACCCUUCUCAUAACCUUGUGUGCGUGGACCAAAGGGAAAGAGACAAUGAGCAUCUCCGGCGGCUGCAGUGUAACGGCUUGCUGUUAGCUGUGCAGAGCUCUCAGUAGGUUUCAGGAAGUCACUUCACCAUGAUUUUUCUUUAAACAAAGGCAACGAAUCCCUGCAGCAAGGCGUUCGGUUCUGAACCUAGCGGCUGAGCAGCCGUGCAGAAAUGACCGUAACUGUGCGUCUGCGCUCAGCUUACCAGCAGCUCAGCGCUUGCUUUCUAAAUUUUUAACCUUUCCUAUUGGCUAAGGUGACUGCUUGAGCCCUUCCUCCCUCGUACGCCUUCCUCUGCACGUGCACAGACGUGAGAAGUGGCACGAGGAGUGCUGAAACGUUUGUUUUCCUAACAAAAUCUGGAUUUGAGUCAGUUCAGAACGGGCGAGAAACCCAGCGCCCAGAAUUUCUGCCCUGGGAAUCUUAGUCCCAGUAACCAACCCGUAACCCCGUAAUUAUAUAUUUUAAUUCUGAAUUUCUCUAAAUAUUUCCUUCAUCAUAUAUAAUAUAUAUAUAGAGAGAGAGAGGUUAAAACUCAUGGGACAAUGUUUUGAAUUUUCUUUACUGCUAAUUAGAACUUCUGUAUAGCAAGGGUUUCCGGGAGGCUGUUGUUGUACGAUGUGGAGCUACAGGCUUCGUGCAGCUUUUCACUUGUCGUUUACCAGCACAUUUUACUGUUGGGUAAAAAACUAAGCAGUCAUCUUUCCUUUUAGGUUGUUUUAAGAAAGAAAUAAAAAAAGAGAGAAGCCAUAGACAUGUGCCUAACCAGGAGAAUCCCCGGAUCGUGAUUUAUGCACCGUAUUUAUGCUGAUAACCUCUUAGAGGGGCUUCCUUUACCCCCCUGUCAUGCAUAGAAAUCCCAGCCUUGUUUUCCUGGGUAACUGAGCUUAGAGGAAUAAUUCGGAUCGAUAUUAUUUCUUUCCACUCAAACCACUUUGUAAUGAAGCAGGACAGUAACUGAGCAGAGAUGGACUUGCUCUGUUGUCAUGGAAAAAUAGUUGGACCCAAUUCCAUCAGCCAACAGACUAAAAACAAGUGCUUUCUGUUAGCCCCCACGUGGCAUCUUUAGAGUUUAAAAUACGCUGGCUGGCUAAGCGUUAGCUCUGAGUGUGUGCAUUUUUGGCUAUUAAUGGUAAAGGAUUUCUCCUGUUGUUCCUUUCUCCAAGACCUGUCUGUAACCUCAGCGGUUAGCAGCUUCCUUACCUGACUUGCAGGUGGAGGGGCACGGCCUCGCAGCUGGGCCUUUGCAGGUCUGCUGGCUCCUAAGAUGAGGUUCUUUGGCUUCCUGAUCCCAUUAGAGCAGCUUUUUUUUUCCCUAAAUCCAUGCUCAGGUGUUAGAAGUUGUCACGCAGCCAUUGGCCUCUUACACGGACGUACUGAAAACGACGCCCGUGUUACUGGCCGCUUGCCUGCGAGAGCCUCACAGAACUUCACCUUUGGGAACAGACCUUCCAGGAGGAGAACCUGCGCGCUUACGGGGAGUCUGCUGAAGCUGAACGUGUAAUUAAGGCUGUGCCUCUACGUAGAUAUAUUUUAAAGGGUCGCUUUGAGCUGUUCAGAGGGCUAAUGCGCUUUUCUCCAAGGGAGACGUGCGAGGGACGCAGCCCGUAGUUACGGGCAGACAGUUCUAGCUGCCGAUUGACUGAGAUCCAGUCAUGGAGCGAAUUAGGGGCAUGAUUUUGAUUAUUACUGACGAGAGAAACUCUGGUGCACUAAUUGCCUGAGUAAGCAGGGCUGCUUGGUUAACUGUUCUGCUUCUCGAGGCCGAUGCUGGCGAAGGCAGGACCAAAGCUCCAACUGACACUAGUGCGCCUGCCAACAGCUGCCUCACCGCUGCCGGUCCAGUCGAUAUUUUUGUCCUGAUCUCACGCUGCAGCCAACAGGAUCUAUGCAAAUGGCUUCUUUCUGCCCUGGCUCAACAGGGGUCAGUUCUCUUUUCCUAGAGUAACAGGUAGCUAAGAAUAAUGACGACAGCAAUAAAAGAGUAUAAACCUUCAAACCCAUGGGCAUUGCGGAGAAAGUCCCAGCUUUUUCUGAAGACAUUCAGAAUGUAGGUAACAAUGCUCUGAUGGUUAUUGUCCAUACGUUGACUUUCCUUUGGGCUGGACGUACCUAUUUCUUGUAGCUAUUUGUCAACCUCAGCUUCAUCGGGGUCAAUCAACUCUUCAGAGCAAUCAACAUCAAAAUCCUCCCCACAGAACUCAGUGUUUUAUUCUCUAGUACUUGAUUCUUCCUUGGCUGAGACAAGACUGAAAUACGGGGUAUGUAGGGUAGUUCUCUAUCUUACUUUUACUUAACGAGCUACAAACACUUUGUGAUGCUAAUCUCGCUCCGGUCUGAAGAUUUACGUCUUGUAGGCUAGAAGUGAAAGCGAAGCCUUUCAGAAGUGACUGAAGCUGUUCAGUUACACGUCUUUCAGCCGUGUCAUUCAUUUAUCUGUAAAAGGUUGGUAUUAAUGGGGAAAACUGUCUUUUUUUUGUCAUUUAAACAUUGACCAUCAUGUAUAUUGUCUGCUUUCUAAUUUAAAAUGUGUUUUUAGGGGCUUUAAGUUUUGCAGGCUUAGUGUCUGAUUGCGGUGAGCUCCCCGCAGGGUGCAGGAGGGGAGUUUAGCUCAGAGCAAGUCUGAAGAGCUCUGGGGAUGUGCCCGUGCGGUUUUAGCAUGUUUCUGACACGCUGCAUCCGUUUGCUUUGUCAUUCUGAAUGUGUUGGUUUUGUUUUUUUUUGACUUUCAGUUCUUUCCACUCACUUUGUACUUUUUUUUUCUUUUAUUAAAUCUCACAUGUAUUUUGAGUU